GUUAUUGGAAUAGAGAUUCUGAUUUUUGGGGAGAUGUACAAAACUGGAACGUAUUUUAUAUAACCAAAGUGCCUGACUGCACUCCACAAAGUUCUCAUUCAGCACUUACAAGUGAACUUGAAAUACUUUUAAAUAGGCUUCCAAGUAAUAGUAAAAAAUAUAAAACUGCAAAUUUCAUUCGUAAAAGUAUUCAGAUUUUCUGCGGUUAUCUGGUUGAAAGAAGAGUGUCGUGUCGAGAGUUAUGGAUUCCGUUCAUGACACGCAUUUGUCAUAAUGUUGGUAGAGCCCAACUACACCCUUGA